AUAAAUGACGUGCCGAGAGAGCAAGCGAACGCGCAGCCGGGAGAGCGGAGUCUCCUGCCUCCCGCCCCCCACCCCUCCAGCUCCUGCUCCUCCUCCGCUCCCCAUACACAGACGCGCUCACACCCGCUCCCUCACUCGCACACACAGACACACGCGCGCACACACGCUCCACACACACACUCCACUCUCUCCCGCGCGCUCACACCCCUCUUGCCCUGCGCCCUCGCCGGUGCAGCGCGACGCCGCAGCCGGACGCCCCUGCCGGGCUCACUUUGCAACACUGACGGCGCCGGCGGUGGCCCUGGAGGUGGGAACGGCGGCGGCAUCCUCCCCCCUGGUCGCAUUCCGAGCCAGGACGCCUGCGGAACCUCUCAGCGGCGCUCUCCCAUGAGUCGGGAUCGCAGCAUCCCCCACCAGCCGCUCACCGCCUCUGGGAGCCGCUGGGCUUGUACACCGCAGCCCUUCCGGGACAGCAGCUGUGACUCCCCCCCAGUGCAGAUUUCGGGACAGCUCUCUAGAAACUCGCUCUAAAGACGGAACCGCCACAGCACUCAAAGCCCACUGCGGAAGAGCGCAGCCCGGCAAGCCCGGGUCCUGAGCCUGGACCCUCCGCGGAGCCGGGCAGCGCGGCCGCCGCUUCGCCUCGCCGGACACCCCCGCCUCCUACACUCUCAGCCUGCGCUGGAGAGACCCCCAGCCCCACCAUUCAGCGCGCAAGAUACCCUCCAGAUAUGCCCUGCGUGCAAGCCCAAUAUAGCCCUUCGCCUCCAGGUUCCAGUUAUGCAGCACAGACAUACGGCUCGGAAUACACCACGGAGAUCAUGAACCCCCCAGACUACACCAAGCUGACCAUGGACCUUGGCAGCACCGAGAUCACUGCCACAGCCACUACGUCUCUGCCCAGCUUCAGUACCUUCAUGGAGGGCUACUCGAGCAGCUACGAACUCAAGCCCUCCUGCCUGUACCAAAUGCAGCCAUCCGGGCCGCGGCCCUUGAUCAAGAUGGAGGAGGGGCGUGCUCACGGCUACCACCACCAUCACCACCACCACCACCACCACCACCACCACCACCAGCAGCAGCAGCAGCAGCAGCAACCGUCCAUCCCUACCCGCUCCGGCCCGGAAGACGAGGUGCUGCCCAGCACCUCCAUGUACUUCAAGCAGUCCCCGCCGUCCACGCCCACCACGCCAGGCUUCCCCCCGCAGGCGGGGGCGCUGUGGGACGACGCGCUGCCCUCGGCGCCCGGCUGCAUCGCGCCCGGCCCGCUGCUGGACCCGCCGAUGAAGGCGGUGCCCACGGUGGCCGGCACGCGCUUCCCGGUCUUCCACUUCAAGCCCUCGCCGCCGCACCCGCCCGCGCCUAGCCCGGCCGGCGGCCACCACCUCGGCUACGACCCGACGGCCGCCGCCGCGCUCAGCCUGCCGCUGGGAGCCGCCGCCGCCGCCGCGGGGAGCCAGGCUGCUGCGCUUGAGGGCCACCCAUACGGGCUGCCGCUGGCCAAGAGGGCGGCCGCGCUGGCCUUCCCGCCGCUCGGCCUCACGGCCUCCCCUACUGCGUCCAGCCUGCUGGGUGAGAGCCCCAGCUUGCCGUCGCCGCCCAACAGGAGCUCAUCGUCCGGAGAGGGCACGUGCGCCGUGUGCGGGGACAACGCCGCCUGCCAACACUAUGGCGUGCGCACCUGCGAGGGCUGCAAGGGCUUCUUCAAGAGAACGGUGCAGAAAAAUGCAAAAUAUGUUUGCCUGGCAAAUAAAAACUGCCCAGUAGACAAGAGACGUCGAAACCGUUGUCAGUAUUGUCGAUUUCAGAAGUGUCUCAGUGUCGGAAUGGUUAAAGAAGUUGUCCGUACAGACAGUCUGAAAGGGAGGAGAGGUCGCCUGCCUUCCAAACCAAAGAGCCCAUUACAACAGGAACCUUCUCAGCCCUCUCCACCUUCUCCUCCGAUUUGUAUGAUGAAUGCCCUUGUACGAGCUUUAACAGACUCAACACCCAGAGAUCUCGAUUACUCCAGAUACUGUCCCACUGACCAGGCCACUACAGGCACAGAUGCUGAGCAUGUGCAACAAUUCUACAACCUUCUGACAGAUUCCGUUGAUGUAUCCAGAAGCUGGGCAGAAAAGAUUCCAGGAUUCACUGAUCUCCCCAAAGAAGAUCAGGCAUUACUUAUAGAAUCAGCCUUUUUGGAGCUGUUUGUCCUCAGACUUUCCAUCAGGUCAAACACUGCUGAAGAUAAAUUUGUGUUCUGCAAUGGACUUGUCCUGCAUCGACUUCAGUGCCUUCGUGGAUUUGGGGAGUGGCUCGACUCUAUUAAAGACUUUUCCUUAAAUUUGCAGAGCCUGAACCUUGAUAUCCAAGCCUUAGCCUGCCUGUCAGCACUGAGCAUGAUCACAGAACGACAUGGGUUAAAAGAACCAAAGAGAGUGGAGGAGCUAUGCAACAAGAUCACAAGCAGCUUAAAAGAUCACCAGAAUAAGGGACAGGCUUUGGAGCCCACCGAGCCCAAGGUCCUGGGUGCCCUGGUAGAACUGAAGAAGAUCUCCACCCUGGGUCUCCAGCGCAUCUUCUACCUAAAGCUGGAAGACUUGGUGCCUCCACCUAUGAUCAUUGAAAAGCUCUUCCAAGACACCCUACCCUUCUAACCAGGAGCAGCCUGGGCAGGGAGCCGCCUCAUCUGCUAGCACCUGCUUGCUAAGCAGCAAAUGGAUGGGUCUGGACACCUACCAGUUCCUGUCUUUCCUUAAGGGAAAAAGCAGCUCCUGUAGAAAGCAAAGACUUUUUUUUUCUGGCUCUUUUCCUUACAACCUAAAGCCAGAAAACUUG